GCCGAGCCCGGCUGGCGCAGAAGCAAGAGGCCGGAGGGAGGGGAGCCUCCUCUGAUGGCCGGCGGGGAGGCGCCCCCCGGGAGCAGGAAGGGCUGUGCCCUCCGCUGAGUAGGGACCACGCUUUUCCACAGCUCCCCACUUCGCGGCUGUGGGGCCGGCGUGUGCCAGAGGGGCGGGCAGGGAAGGAGACUGACCCGCCACCAGCCCUCCUCCUUCUUGGAGGGAAUCCCAACAGUCAGGGAAGCGCCGGCGUUGGUCUUGAGAUGAAGGCUCCGCUGGUCGCGCUGCUUUGGGUGCCCGUCUGGGUCAUAGUAGCCAAAGCAGAAGAAAGUCUUGGCAAUCAGAGAAGAGCUAACAUUUCAAAUGAGGAGACACUGAACAAGAGUAACAGACCAAACAUGCAAGAUUCAACACAAGGAGAAGAGGAGACUAGAAAAAAGGAGGAGAAAAUACAUCAUUUUUACCAAGCAGGACCUGAAAUGCUGAAGCAUUCAAAAAACAUAGAGGAAAAGCUAGUAAUCCGCCUGCUUCUUGUAAAGGCAGCAAAAAUGGGAGCCCAGAAAGCUAUGGAGAAGGUGGCAUCAGACCUGCUCUUUGGAUAUAAUAGGCCUCAAGAUAUAAAAGCAGCAGUCUCACUAUAUAAGAUUUUAGCUGAAGAAGGAUCUCACAAAGGCCAGACUGCUUUAGGGUUCUUGUCUUCAUAUGGAAUAGGAGUGGAAUAUAAUCAAGCAAAGGCUCUUCUGUACUACACAUUUGCAAGUACUGGAGGAAAUCUUAUAUCUCAAAUGAUCCUGGGAAAUCGUUACUGGCUAGGAAUCAAUGUUCCAAGGAACUGUGAAGCAGCAUUGAUUAAUUACAGGAAAGUUGCAGAUUUCAUUGCUAACAAAUUGGAAAAAAGGGAAGAAAUGCCAGUUGAAAAAGUGAGAUUGAUGGAAAGAUCAGAAAAUCUGAGUUCUGAAUUUUUGGACUGGAAUAUACAUCAGUACUAUAAGUUUCUGGCUGAAAGAGGAGAUACACUGAUACAGCUGUACCUUGGACAGCUGCAUCUUAUGGGAAGAAAGGGACUAGAGAAAGAUCAUACUAAAGCCUUCUACUAUUUCCUAAAAGCAGCAAAUGCAGGGAAUGCAGAUGGUAUGGCGUUCCUUGGCAAGAUGUAUUUAGAAGGAAGUGCUGCAGUGACUCAGAGUAACAUUACAGCCUUGAAGUAUUUCAUAAUGGCAGCUGACAAGGGCAAUUCUAUUGGAUUAUGGGGACUGGGCCUGCUUUAUUUCCAUGGUAGAGGUGUCCCAUUGAAUUAUACUGAAGCUUUUAAAUACUUCCAAAAAGCAGCAAAGAAAGGAUCUGCCAAUGCCCAGUUUCAACUAGGAGUCAUGUAUCAUACUGGAUCGGGAGUAAAGAGAGAUUUUAAACGUGCCUUCCAAUAUUUUUACUUGGCUUCUCAAAAUGGACAAGCUCUUGCUCUUUAUUAUUUGGCUCAAAUGUAUGCCACAGGAACUGGAGUCCUGAGAUCAUGCCAAAAUGCAGUUGAACUUUACAGAACUAUAGGUGAGCUAGGAAGAUGGUCAGAAAAAUUCCUGACAGCAUACUCUGCUUAUCAGGCUGGGAAUAUUGAUUCAUCUCUUAUCCAGUAUGCAUUUCUAGCUGAAAUGGGCUAUGAGGUAGCUCAGAGCAAUUCAGCCUACAUUAUGGAAUCUGGAAAGGUUAAACUUCUCCAGAAAGAUCAGAUAUAUCCACUUGCUCUUCUUCUGUGGAAUCGGGCUGCAAGCCAAGGCAAUGCAUUUGCCAGAAUUAAAAUAGGAGAUUAUUACUUCUACGGCUUUGGAACAAAGAUAGAUUAUGUGACAGCAGCAGUUCAUUACAACCUUGCAGCUAAUCAACAGAAUGCUCAAGCUAUGUUCAAUCUGGCAUAUAUGUAUGAACAUGGGUUAGGCAUUCCUAAGGAUAUAUAUUUAGCUAGAAGAUUGUAUGACCUGGCAGCUGAAACAAGCCCAGAUGCUUGUAUACCAGUGUUCUUAGCCAGUAUAAGACUUGAAGCUAUGCAUGUGCUCACAGAUCUGCAACUUCUCAAUUUUACUGGAAACUGGAAACUGCUAGCACUCAACAGCAUGCUAAGACACCACUGGGACCUGUUCCUGAUGAUAUUAAUUGUUGUUUUACUUACAUUGUUAAUAAACAAUAGGCAAAAUUAAAUGGA